UCUAAUUCCCCGUCCGCAAAAAGUAGUUGCGGUCAGCAAAUAUGGCCUAAAUUUUACUCCCGUCAUACAGAACCCACUCUGAUUACCCAAAACCCGACCCGCAACCACCGCUAUGGCAGAGUCUUGCCUAGUGCGGCGAGUGUUCCACCGCGCUCGACGGUUCUCCGACGAAGUCAAGACGCUGUAUUCAGGCUUUUAUCAGUGUCGAUGCUACUACGCCACCACAGCAGCGGAUGCACAAGGUUUUAAUAAUAAUAGUGGGAAUGAAAGCAAAAAAGGCAAGUGGUUCACUCUACCACCCUUCACUCCCACCGUUAACGGCGCUGCUUUAGGGAAGGAACUCGCCGGAGUUAAAAUGGACAAAUCCACUAACACUAUGACAGCACUCAAAUGGGUUCAGCGUUGCUGCCCUGAGUUGCCGCAGUCAUUAGUACAGAAGCUUUUUCGCUUAAGACAGGUUCGCAGAGAAUCUUCUGAUGUUGAAGAACAGCGGCCCAAGAGGGUUGCUGCCAAGGAGUCGAUGAACAUUGGGGAUCGAAUAUUUCUUCCAAUAACUGUUCAGAAGUUUCCCUCGGACAAAGUAACGGAUUACCCUUCUAGUGAAGAGGAAAUGAAGUUUCUUCAUAGCCUUGAAUUGUAUAAGGAUCCAGAAAUUAUUGUUCUCAAUAAACCUCCAGGACUACCAGUUCAGGGUGGAAUUGGCAUAAAAAGAAGUUUAGAUGAACUAGCUGCUAAGUAUAUGAAAUAUGAGUAUUCGGAGGCCCCUCGCCUGGUACACCGACUUGAUAGAGAUUGUAGCGGAAUAUUGGUGAUGGGAAGAACACAAUUAAGUGCUUCAGUUCUGCAUUCUGUCUUCCGUGAGAAAACAUUUGGCACACAAACUGAGGAUCUUGAAAGCAAGAAAAGAGUUUUGCAGAAGAGGUACUGGGCACUUGUCAUAGGAUGUCCCAGACGCUCCAAAGGGUUAAUAUCAGUGCCACUGGGAAAGGUGGUGUUGGACAAUGGAAAAUCUGAGCGCAUCACAAUUAUGUCUGAUGUCAGAGAGCCAUCAGCACAGUUUGCCGUAACAGAGUAUAGGAUCAUUGGAUCCUCUGAGAAAGGUUACACAUGGCUAGAGUUAUCUCCACUUACCGGCAGAAAGCACCAGUUACGCGUUCAUUGUGCUGAGGUAUUAGGGACGCCAAUAGUAGGAGAUUACAAAUAUGGUUGGCAAGCUCAUAGAAAGUUGAAACAUCUAUCUUCGUCCACUUCAAUUGUGAACCUUGGUGCACGUAUUCCCGAGCAAGAAGUAGAUCCAUUCAGCCUUCGUUUAGGGAAUGGAAGUAUUUCAGACAAGCAGCCUCAUCUUCAUCUUCACUGUAAGGAGAUGGUUUUGCCCAAUAUUUCUUUGGCUUUGCAACAAGCUCGAGUAGUUUCAGAUGCUGACCUUGUAGAUGUUGAAAGUAUCAAGCUGGUUGCUCCUUUGCCCUCCCACAUGCAAAAAAGUUGGGACUGCUUGAGUUCUUGAUUUAUCUCAGAAUGGAUUGGCUUCUACUGAGCACUACAGAACUGGAGAAGAUAUGGUUAUAUUAUUACUCCUUUCUGGAAGAUAUCAUGUUUUCUUGUGGAACUUUGAUUCCCCUCAAGGGUUUACUCCUAACCAGGGAUAAAAGUCAGGAGGCCGAUAUUCACGAAUGUGAUGCUCUUGGGAGUAGUUAAAAAGAUAAUCGCUGAAUGAAGAGGGUUUCUUGGCCUACUGACUUCCUGCUUUAGAGAGUGGGAGCAUGCUCCAUUGCGCUGAACGUUGGCAGAAGCUUUACUAUAGUUGGUGCUGCAGAUGUACCCUGCUAAUUUUUUGGCAUAUUAAGUUUUCUUGAUCCACAAAUCUCUUCUAUGAUUUUUGGCUUGGGUUAUAAUCAUUUGAGUUUGCAGUUAUAAAACUCGCGGUUGUAUGUUGAUAUACUUUUGAAGACCAGUUAUUCAUAAACCAGAAGCUUUUAUGGUUGGGCCUCAA